UAGUUGAUGUAUGUAAAUAAAAGAUAAGCAAAUCGCGAGGCCCAGCUGAUGCUGAGCCAUCUCUAGAGUAGUGUAAACAACAAAACCAUAUACACAUACACAUAUUUAGCUAUUAUUGUUAUUAAACAAACAAACGAAACGAUGGCGAAAAUAGGCGAAACAAAAAUACCAAUUAAUGAAUUCCUCGACGCAUACAGACGCCAACCAUGCCUCUACAAUUCACUAUUGGACACCUAUAAGAAUCGUGUGGCCCGCGAAGAAGCAUAUGAAGCGAUAAUUAGAACAUUGAAAAUACCGCAAUUGACAGUGCUCGAUAUUAAAUUGAAAAUCAAAAGCGUACGCACCGUUUACACAAAGGAAUUACGAAUAUUGAUGCGAGAAAAGGAGAUGGGCCGAUGCUAUGAACCAAAACUAUUUUGGUUCAAGCGCGCAGAUGCAUUUCUGCGCGCCGUUUCGCUAUCCCAUUGCAAACGCGCUAAGAGCAAAGAUGCAAAAGUAGUCAUCAAAAAGGAAACACCACAGAAAAUGGUGCUCAAUGCCGCUAGCCAGAUAAUUGAGGAUGCAGUGCAGCAGCCGGAGCAACAACAUCAGACGAAGGAUCAUCAUGAUGAGCUGGAAUCGAAUGGUCAUAUAGAUGAUGUAUUUCAUACGGAUGUGGAUGAGCAUGCUAAAACGACUAUGACCACAGGCACUAAUACCCAUAUACCUCCAAACGCAAGCAGUCAAACGGACGAUCUACAGAGCAUAUGCUCGGCACACUCCAUACGCACGCCGCCCAAUAAGAGUGAACUUAUCAUUGAUGACUCGCAGCUGGGCCUUAUGGAACAGCAGCAACAACAGCAGCACCAGCAACAACAGCAGAAUCAGCAGCAGCAACAGCAAACGUUGCCGCGUAAAUUAAAGUAUAUGAACUAUGGGCAAAGCCAACAUCAACAGACACAGAGACUAGCAACGCCCUUUCCGUCGCCAUCACCAUCACAACAUUUGGAAAUAGCAACAAAUGGAAAUCCAAACUUGAGCUUCUCUGGCGGUGAUGAUGAUCUGUUUGCCUUUGGCCAAAGUAUUGCCUCACAAUUAAGGUCGAUAGUCGAUCCAUAUGCUCGGUCCGUGGCGAAGCUGCGCAUACAGCAAGUCCUCUUUGAGGCAGAGACCGGGCAAAGUAGCGAAGCAGUCAGUACGACGCAUUUGCAUAGUUUUUAGCAGUGCAACAAAAAGACCACUAUAAAUCUAUAAAUCAUUGCAUUUAAGAUUGUUGUUUAAAUGUUUAUUUAUAUUUAGUUCAACAUAUUUUUAAGAAAACCAAGCCAAAUAUAUGUACUUUAAUUAUAAUUAAUAAUUAAUUUAGAAUAUAAUAUAUACACAUCUGUGCAUAGGUGGAAAAACAUAAUAGUUCUUUAAUUAUCAUUAGUUAUUUGAAUAAUUAAUUUUAAAAAUGUUUUAUAGGAAAUAUUUAAAAUUUACUGGUGAGGCUUUAUGUCUACAAGUAAAGAAACAUUACAAAAUAUAUACUCGUAUAUGUGGCUGAUUUAGUUAUUCAAAAAUUACGAAAAGUAGGUCUUGAUUAUACCGACUGUAACUCAAAUACAAUUUCGGCUAAACAAA